AUGCAUAGACAUCAACCAUACCAGCAGUAUGCUACUGCCGCUCCCACUACUACAAGAUACUCGGGCACAUCCUCAGCCUUCUCAGCCUCAGCAAACCCCAAUGAGGACUGGACCAAGAUCUCAGACCUUGCUGAGCGCAGGAGGAUACAAAACCGCAUUGCCCAGCGCAACUAUCGCAAGAAGCUCAAGAAGAGGCUCGAAGACCUUGAGCGUCGUGCUGCCUCCAGCUCAGCUUCGCCUGAGCAGAAGCCCGCGGAGCUGCAGCCACCACAGACCUCGCCGCGCCAGGAGUUUCCCUCCCCGGCAUCUUCGGAUUCCUCGUACAUCACUCCACCCGAGGAUCGUAUGUUCUCGCACCAGUACACUCGCCAGCUCUCCACAAGUCCACCUCCAUUUUCGGUAGCAUCGUACUCCUCGACCUACCCGGCUCCAGAUGCAGUAGCCUACUCAAUGCCAUACACCACAAACUCGCCGUACCACACAAUACCUACGACACUCACACCUGAGAUGCCUUCGUAUGCCUACCUGCCACCACUCUCUUCAGCCUACCCCACUACGCUGCCCAGCCUUGUGCCCAGCAUGAAGAGCGAGUACUACGCUGAGGAGGACCUCAGCCCAUUCGGUGUCGGUUAUGCGGCCAUUGGUGGAAUCGAGAUCCCACCUCCUCACGCAUACGCAGACCACAAUGCUCAUACGCCACCACUUGAGCACGACGAGUUUGGAUACCCCACUACACCAAACUCGAUGCCACGAACACCUCCUCUUCUUCCUCUUCACGCCAUCCAUUUCAUGGCUCCCAUAAAACGUUCACGAGCUGAACAAGCACGGCAAAUCCUCUCGAGUGGCGCUGUGCUGCGCGAAGAUUCUGACGACGAGCUUGGUUACGAAGACUAUCCCUGGGAAUGGAUAUACGAAGAUGCAGGCGCUGAACAGGCGCCUGUGGACGACAAUGCAACACCCAGGAAACGAAAAGCAGCACCUACAACGCAAACUAAACGUAUAUCGGGGGCGCGCAUGGGAAGCUUCAGAUGCAAGCUUGGAGAUGCUGUCCUGCUUAAGGCAGAUGGAAACCAGGCAUGGGUUGGCAUUAUCUGCAGCUUCCACGAGGAUGACGAGGAUGACGAAAAGAUGGCAAAGUUCUUGUGGUUUUCUUCUGAACAAGAAUUACGCAACAAGAGUAAGAAACGUACCGACUUCUUGCCUAACGAGCUAUACAUAUCAGCAACCUUCGACGAAAACCCGCUUGCUUCGAUCAACGGCACCGCAAAGGUAGUGUCUCUCGAGACGUUCCAGAAACUGCACCCCACUGGCCAAAUCAAGAAGUCAUCGAAAGAUUAUGGCAAGAUCUUUGUGUGCAGGAGAGGCUGCAACACCCGCACAACAACAUAUACAUCUGAGUUUAAGUGGGAAGAUGUGUACAAUGGCGCUGACGAUAUUCCUUCGCUGAUCGAGCUGGUUGAGAGCCAGACCAAAGCAACGAGAAAAGGCCCUUCUCGGCCAAAGAGACAGCAAGAAGACCUGGAAGACUUCGUGAUACCGGACUCUGAGGAUGAUGGUGCACCCAAGACUCCACGGAAGCGCCGGAAACUGAACGACGCGAUGACCCCAACGUCGACAAGAAAGAGCCCGGCUGCUCGAAAGUUCUUGACCCCUUCGCACAAGCGCAUUGUGCUGAAGAAGCAACUGGAGUUCACUCCGCUUGGUACACGAGCGCUUUCGCCUUCGGCACUUGCGUCUCCGUUUCAGAUUGCACGAAACCAACUCCACGUCUCCUCUGUACCAGCGGCACUUCCUUGUCGUGAGGAGGAGUUCUCGACCGUGUAUAGUCAUCUGGAGGCGGCUAUCACGGACGGAUCUGGAUCGUGCAUAUACAUUUCAGGUACUCCGGGUACUGGAAAGACGGCCACGGUACGAGAGGUCGUAGCGCAGCUCCACGCAUCAGUGCAAGCUGAAGAACUUGACGAUUUCAUCUUCGUCGAGAUCAACGGCAUGAAAGUCACCGAUCCUCACCAGUCCUACUCGUUAUUAUGGCAGGCGCUUCGCGGCGACAGAGUCAGUCCGUCACAUGCACUGGAACUUCUGGAGCGCGAGUUCUCCGCACCCAGCCCUCGCCGCGUACCAUGCGUUGUCUUGAUGGACGAGCUUGACCAGCUGGUAACCAAAAACCAGUCCGUCAUGUAUAAUUUCUUCAACUGGCCCCAGUUGCGGCACAGUAGGCUAAUCGUCUUGGCUGUUGCAAACACCAUGGAUCUACCGGAGCGCACCCUGAGCAACAAGAUCAGCAGUCGGCUAGGCCUAACGCGAAUUACUUUCCCCGGCUACACUCACGACCAAUUGAUGCAGAUCAUCCAGUCUCGCCUGGAAGGAGUUCCAGGUAACAUCGUACUCUCGGACGCCGUCCAGUUCGCGGCGCGUAAAGUUGCAGCUGUAAGUGGUGACGCCCGACGUGCAUUAGACAUUUGCAGACGCGCUGUGGAAAUCGCGGAAUCAGAAGUCGCGUCACAAGAUCAGGACGAUGAGGCGCAGCCCUCAACCCCGAGUCGGACCGGUCGGGGUAACAAAGCGAAACCCCUUCAAUCGUCCCGAUCUCAAAACGGUACCGAGCAGUUGGAAGCCAAUUCAAUAAAACGUGGAGGGCCGGCCGCUGGACGUAAGGGUGUCGUUACCCUCGCGACGAUCAGACAGGCCAUCAAUGAGGCCACGAGCAGCCCCCUACAGCAAGCGCUUCGGGCACUGCCGUUGGCUUCCAAGGUCUUCCUCGCUGCACUCUUGGCACGGAUACGAAGGACUGGUAUUGGUGAGGCGGUGCUUGGGGAUGUCGUGGACGAGGUCAAGAAACUUGGCUUCAUGAGCCAGUUGCAAACCGUGCAAGACUACGUACUUGCACCCGACGCCCAUGACCGCACGAAUGGUAUUUCCGGUUUAGAAGUCCAGUCUGCAACACCGUCAAAGAAUGCCGAGCCUAUCGACACGGUAUCUAGACAUGCAAAGCUCAAGGCUGCACGAGCCCUGGGUCUUGCGUCUGCUGCGACAGAACUCGCAGAAGCUGGAAUCAUCGGUGUCGAAGCCAGACACGGCGAGCGCGUCGGUCGUGUAAGGCUGGGUGUUGGUGAGGAUGAGGUUCGUUUGGCGUUUGGUGAAGACGAAUCAGUCAAGGGCAUGGGCUUCGGAUCGUGA